AUGCGACUGCAAAACCAGCUUGACAACAUAUACCACAAUAUUUCCCCCGAUCAUCACCAGUACAAGCAAGACGUCCGAAUUGCCUCCUCCCCCUUCAACAACCUCCUCCCCGUCUACCACAUCAGAGGAACAUUCGCAUCCGACCCUAAUGCGACAUCCACGGUGACGGAGCCAGGAAGCACGGUGACAGAGCCGGGAGCCACGGUGACAGAACCAGGAACCACAGUCUCCUUGCCAGGUUCCACCAUCACGACCACGUCCGUGGUGCCUCCCAGGACGGUGACCGUGUCAGGAUCGGUCACCACCCUGCCAGGGUCGACUGUGACCUCGACCUUGACAUUGCCAGGAAGUACCAUAACGACUACCGCCCCGGCGACCACUAUCACCACCACAUCAGUUGCGCCACCCAAGACAAUCACGGUAUCAGGGUCGGUCACGACUCUCCCUGGAUCAACAGUUACGUCGGUCAUCACGCAGCCAGGAACAACUGUGUCAGGGCCUACAAUCACCAAAACAUCGGUCGUGCCGCCAAAAACGGUCACGAUAUCAGGUUCUGUCACCACUCUUCCUGGGUCAACGGUCACGUCCAUCAUUACACAGCCGGGGGAAACCGAUUCAGGGUCCACGGUCACUGCCCCCGGCACUACAUCUGCGGGUACCACAUCCGCAGGCACCACGUCCAUUUCCACGAAAACAACAACCCAAACGGUCUCGCGCUGCCCACCUCUUCCCGUAAAUCCAACCUAUACACCUCCUGCACCACUCCCAACGGACUACACCUGGGGCUGUCCUCCCGGCACUCUCUGUAGCCCGAAGCGGAGCGGCGACGCCGCAAACUGCAACUUCCAGGCCGGCAUUCCGCCAGAAAGUUACGUCUGCCGGCCCGAAGAGUGCAUCAAGAGCCCGCCCUACAUCCACAACCAAGUCUGGAACGAGACUGAGAACCCAGAGACCAGGACGUACAAUGUUUCCAAGGGGUACUUCAAUCUCGAGCCUGCGCUGUUUGGGCUGAGCGAUGAUAUCUUCCGCUUCCCGGAUGUCGAUGAGAUCGGCAGCGACAAAUACUACCGUCGCUCAUCUCCCGCCUUCAUAUGGAGACGAGACAAUGGAGAGGGCUCUUAUCCCAAAAUCUGCUACCCUCCCUGCAACGAAGUUAUGGAGGAUGGCCAGAACAUCGGCAAGGAUCCCGAACUCUGUGAAGAGGACUCGAAUUUCAUGAAGAAAAGGGAGGAAUGCGAGAGCUGCCUAGGUGGCUUAGGAGACCCUAGUGGCGGGAUCCCAGAGUUCCUGCAAUGGGUCAACUUCUGCAAUGAUAAGGGGUCCUCAGGCGGGGACGAUGGCGCCGCGCAGUCUUCGUCGGCUGCUCAAUCAAGCUCGUCGACGACCACAACCACCAAAUCAAGUACCAGCACCGGUUCCUCUAGUCCCGGUACAGGUUCCUCCCCGUCGAGAUCCCGCCCAGGGAACAUCCCCCCAACCAGCUCGCAAGCUUCCCCAACGAGAGCGCCUUCAUCGUCGACAACGCCAGACACACCACUGCACACCGCGGCGGGUGUUUCGCUAUCCGUACCAUUGUGGUGGAAUAUCUCUGGGGUCAUGUUUAUCUUUGCUGUUCUUGGGAUCCGCUUCGGUGGGUACGUCUUCCUCACCUCCUUCACGCGAUGCUGCUACCUGUGCCUGUCCCACCUGCCCCAGCUGGAAGCGGCCACCGUGGAUGAGAUCACCAUGCACUACUCCCUCACCGCGGAGGACCUAGAAGGCGUGCCGAAAUUGCGGAUACCGGAAUGGAUAAAAGCCUCACCGGGGGAAAUUUGGCGUAGACAUCCCAUUCACAUCGUAGCAGAAGGACAUAUCUCCGGGCCCCACGGCUGCGGUUACAUUGAUAAGAUCAGAUUGCUGCUGGAUUUUGCCUUCACUGAGGACCCGCAUCCGCUGCGGCGUGGGAGCUCUACGUUCCUCCCUUAUGUAGAUCGGGCUAGCGGUCAUGUCGAGUACGGGGUGGCUUGCAUAGGUUGCGCGGUGGGGUUCAAGGCAUAUGUCGAGGAUAACGAACCGUCGGAAUUGGGAGACAAGUAUUACCACUUAGACGGCGUCGUAUAUUCGGAGGAGGACUUCAUCAAGCAUUUCCGACGAUGUCCCAUCGCGCAGGUGAUCUGGGAAGAGUCCCGUCGGGCCUGCGACCUCGGACAGACUGUAAAUUUGGAGGAACUCGCCAUCCGGAGAGGGUGGUACAAGGCUGGCAAGGGGUCGGGGGAGAAAUGA